CCAAGGAACAUGGCGGACGGCAGCGAGAAGAAGUUGAGGUGGAAAAAAUCGGAGAAAGCUCGUAGGAUAAGACGUCGAGAACUAUGGAAAAAGGAAGAUGUGGAAAUAAAGGAGAUAGAAGCUCGUUGUAGAGAUGUAAGUUAUGAUUAUACUGUAAGCAAGCGCUGUAAAGCGUCAAACGAAAAGCUUUAAAAAACCAUUUUAACUCAUGCAUGUGCUCAAGUUAAAAUGAAAAAAUGUGCAUGAAAAGUAAAAAAAAAAGAAUAAAAAGAAGAAUGUGGAAAAUAAGCGUUCGUCCACACUUCAGUGGGAUUAUAAAUGAUGUCAGGCGAGUUUUAAAUCUUUUGUAAAUCACUCACCGGGUUUUUUAACUUGAAGGUUUUCUAGAGAAUAAACAGAUUAUUAUUUUCUAGCCAUAGCCUUGUACAACACUGUACAUAUGCGCUCAUUUUUAAAUGCGCUCAUUUUUAUAACUUUAAAUGUGGCUAAAUGAAAUUUAGGCGAGGUUAAACACAAGACAAUGCUGCAGGAUCGUCAAUAAGGGCUGGUAGCCGGCCAAAACCGCCAGCUAGUUAGCCAUCCUUAGCCAGCUGCUUUCAUCUCCUUUCCUCCUCGCGAAACGUUCCUCAGAGGCGAUGAGCGAGGAGAAACGUCUGCCAUUUGCAGGCUACUCCUUCUACCAUAACUGCUAACACAAAAUAAGCGCCAUCGAAUAAAAUUGUAAAGCAUCCAUGUUCCAGUUUUGAAUGACGUUGAAGGCAUAUUUAAACAGGUUUAGAUCUGUGAAACUUUUGAACCAUGCAAUGUUGUGGACAUUUUGAUAGCUUUGUUCCCAGUCUUGCGAGUAUUCUGACGAAACAACAUAGCAUCCGCAGUGGAAAAUACCUCUUGAAAACCCCUGGAAAUGCCAUUUCUGAUACUCUAAAUAUCAAACUGUCCCUAGAUGCCUCGGCCCUCAAAAACUUGUGCCUUUGGUGCGAGUUCCAAAGCCGCCUACUAUUCAUUAUCAACCUGCUACUUGAAAACUUUUUGACAGCCCUUUGCUGGGCGGCAGUCUACAUUUAUGUGGUGGUUUUGGGCAUUUGCCCGGGCUCUAGAAAUUUUACAGUGUUUUUGCUCACGUUCCCUUUGCAUGCGCUAGCUUCAGCUGUUUUUGCUGCAAGCUCUCCCUUCCGGUAUCUUCGCAUUUCUCCACUGAGGUUCUCAGUGUGAAGAUGCCUGGUGCUUACCUCCCACUUGGUUAUCAAGGUUACCUUCCAGGCUCCCUUGCAGCUCCCUUAGUUUGACCAGGCACCUUUCCCACUCCCACUUAUUGUUAAUAGGUUUAAAUGAUAAUGUUGUGUAUUUUUUAAAGAUGACGGUUAAAAUAGUUUUCUUACAGUUGUUAAUGAGCUCAUGGACACACUGAGGAUCAGUCAUCAGGGUUUUCAAUAAGAGUUGGUGGCCAGAGAAAUUCGCCAGCUGUUUCACCUGAACUCGCCGCCUACUUUUCUGUGGAAAUUACCCUAGUUUAAAUAGAGUAUUCAUGUGCUGUCACUGAAUAAAAAAGCCUAAAUUUAAUGAUGUCUGUGUUCUGUUCAAACAGUCUAAUUUUUACUCCAAAAAGCUGGAAAUGUAUUCUGAGAGGCCCAGAUUUCAAAGUUUUUCCAGAAACUUGCACCCUUGCUGCGAGUUUUUUCCUCCUCCACCUACUCCAAAGCUUUCCUACCUACUUAAAAUCUUAUUGAAAACCCUGAUCAUGUUGUAACUUAACUCAUUUAUGCUUUGUUACAUUUUUUCAGCUUGACUGUUCUGUUCCACCGUCAAAGUUUUCUGAUCUACCUCUUUCACAAAGAACACUUCAAGGUGUAGUACUUGGUUUUAUGUGCUUACAAACUGGCAACAUCACAGGGUUUGAGCCAGGCCGCGCCAUUGCGCCAAUCCCGCACUGCAAUUGGAAUUGUCCCUUUAAAAAACGGCCAAGGGGACAAUUUGUCCCCUUCAAAAUUUAGGGAAAAAACUCGAAAGGAAGCACACACGAAGAGAUUUAUUUCAGUACAGAAAUUGCAAGCUGAAACAGAACGUGGAAAGUAUAUUUUAUCGCACCUUUAAAGUUCAUUCCAAAGUUACGUUUCAGUCACGCUCUACUGCUAUUUUUGUCGGAAAUCUAAGACAUGGCUUCUGAUUCUUCGCGCGGUCGCGGAGCCGCGAAAUUCGCAAAAACACGAAAAAUACCGCGAAAUUCGGUAGAAAUCUUAUCAAAUACAUGCCUGUACAACAUAUUUGAAACUUAUUUCAGCUAUAGGGGUUAUUUACUUGCCGUAAACUUGCAAAUUUAUCUUGGAACUUCGUCACUGAAACUUGCAAACAGAUUAUGUUGCGAAAAACUGGGCACUAGCCAUGAUGUUAAAGGCUUUGCCAUUGGUUCAUUUCUGGAACGUACUGUUGUUGAAAGAGCAAAUGAUGACAUCUGUUAGAAAAACAUUAAAAAGGCUGGUCUGAUCAGCGCAAAACCGAUCGAUUUCUAGCGAAAUUUGCCUUGAAAAUAACCACAAAAUCGGCCGUUGUUUACCGAUUGCUUUCCGGUGAAGUUUGCCCCGAAAACUCCCGCAAAAUCGGCCGAUUUUUCUGCGAAUUUGUCCCUAAAAAUCCCGCGAAAUUUGACUUUUUCUUCCGAGACCUUUCAGAAGCCCUGCUAAGAAGACAAACCCCUUUGCAUCAGCAGAAGGGUGUACAAAUUUCUGUCCCCCUUAAAAAUGAAAAUGUCCCCCAAAAUUUUAGCCCAGGGGACAAAUUGUCCCCCAGUGAUCACAUCCUAGCUCAAACCCUGAACAUCAUAUCCUUAUAGAUACAGACAUUAAAUUUCAGUUACAAAACUGUUGAGAGAUUGAGAGCAACUGGCCACCAAGAAAGCAAACAUAAAAAAAGAAACUGUUGGCUGAUCAGGAAAAACCCAUAUCAUCUUUCUGCUAUCCGGCAGGUUGCAUUAAAGUGUCACCCAGAGGCCAGUAAAGUAAAAAGCAGGAAGGCAGUUCACCAUAAACUUAAACAAAAACUAGGUAUAAAAAGACUUAAGUACCCAAAAUUUACAUGUCAACAUCACACCCUUUGAUAAAACUCUAGCCUGUGGUAGUAUGUUUUGGAAGCAUACAAUGUAAGGCAUCUGUGUGUUUUGUUUAUUAAGUCAAACUUUAUGAGUUUUUUGACGAUAUGUGCUCUAGUUAUACAUAAUGUAUGGGAACCAGGUCUUGACAGACUGUAACAUUAUAACCUUGUUCCCAGAGUCCUUUAAUAACAUUAAGUUAUUAUUUUCUUAAUUUAUUAGGUCUGCAAGGUGCAGGAUAUCAGAUUCCAACUGAUAUCCAGAGGGCUGGAAUCCCACUUUCAUUAAAAGGCUGUGAUGUCCUGGGGGCAGCAAAGACUGGUUCAGGAAAAACUCUGGCAUUUCUUAUUCCCGUAAGAGAUCAUUAAUGAUACAGUGUAGGGCUUGUUUAUCGUUUGGCCCCCCUUUGUUAUUGAUCUGAACGUUUCAACCUAUGACCCACUACUGGCCUUCAUCAGGCCUUGUUGUCAGACCAUGUGCUGCAGUGCUUCAGUGUUAGUAGCUCUGUGGUUGUUAGUGAUUGACUCACUCAAUCACUAGAAACCACAGUGCUAGUUUUAGUCCUGUACAGCAAAAUGUUACCAUCACCUGCUGAAGGCCAGUUAUUCUCAGUCUAAAUGUCACUAUCAAUAACAAUGACCAUUGUGAGAAAAAAUAAACAACAUCUUUAUUCUCACACUUGUGUGAUAAAUAAUAUCUUUCGUUAUCAGCCAUGAUAGUUGAGAGAGUUUAUCAUCAAAGAAUAUCUACCUGUUUUUUUUAGUAUGACAUAAAAUGAAAUUUAGAAAAUAAUGAAAUAAAUAAAUAAAUAAAUAUGUACAAAUACUUGAUUAUUUUAUUUAUAGAAUAAAUAAGUGAAAAAUAGUGAAAAAUAAUAUUUUAUCACUCUUGGUAGGUAAUUGAAGCACUGUGGAGGCAACGAUGGACAUCAGUUGAUGGUUUAGGUGCUCUUAUCAUCUCUCCUACACGUGAAUUAGUAAGGAGCUGUAAUGAUUAAUACUUUUUUGUUUUGAAAGUAUUUCCUUCUAGAUUUACCUUGUUCAUAAUUUUUAAUAGAAUAAUAUUAUUUAUAACAUGUAACAUUAUUUUCUUCCACCAUCUAAUUUUUAAUUGAGUUACUGAGUGAGACAAAACCAUGCAAGUGAAAUACAAUUUUGUAUACAAAACUGAACUUUAGAUGCCAAACUUUUCAUGAGCUGAACCUAAUACAUUGAAUUAGGAAUGCCUGUUUCAGUUUGGAAUGGCUCAGCCAUUCUUUUAGCCUAGCUCGGCCAGGAAUUUCGCCUUUGGAGUGACUUUGGGGCGACUUUGGAGUGGCUUUGAUUCUGACAGCAAACUUUUCAUGUACCGAACCUAAUGCAUAAAUAAUUAUAACAUAUUUUGUAAGCAGUUUGACCAAAAUGAACAUUUUCCGCAUUUUGAACUUAGUUCAGCGGCAGCUAAGAUCAGUGUCUGAAUCAAUUCAGCCAGUCUAAAUAAUUUUGGUCGGCCUUAAUUCGAAUUAGGUCCGGCUCAUGAAAGUUCGGUGUCUGAGGUUCCGGGCCUUAUUGUUUUAUCAAAAUUAACUAAUGCAGUUAUGUUAUUUGUUAUUAAAAAAAAAAAUAGAUAAAUAAUAGCUGAAUAAUUUUAAUUCUGUGUUUUUUUAAAACUAUUUUAAAACCUUUUUUUGAAGGCAUAUCAAACAUUUGAAGUACUAUGCAAGAUUGGCUGUAAACAUGACCUCUCUGCAGGACUAAUUAUUGGAGGCAAGGCAAGUCAAAUUGCUCAACAAUUUUAUUAUAAUAAUAAUUAUUAUAGUUUGACCUUAGUUUGGUUUGGUGCUGAGUGGAGGCGGCAUGACCGAGCUGUUAGAGAGCUGGACUUGCAAUUGGGAAACCCAGACUUUAAGUCCCACCCUGACCACUAGCUGGAUUUGAUCUUGAUAGUCCCGAGUUCAAAUCCUCGGCCACGCUUGUAAAUAGCCAGCUGGUUUGCCUCUGGCCAGUUGGUAUUCUUAACCCUGUUUAGUUUCACUUGAUUUAUUUUUUUCAGGCAUUUGCUCAGCCCCACUAGCAUUAGUGCUAUAAAUACUGCCAAGGGUAAAUACAGGUAUUUCAUUAUUUAUUUAAUAACAUCGGCUUAUCUUCGUACAGGAUCUGAAACAUGAACAGGAGAGGAUUAGAAAAACAAACAUUGUGGUUUGUACUCCUGGAAGGCUGCUUCAGCACAUGGAUGAGACACCGGAUUUCACCUGCAACUCUUUACAAGUUCUUGGUAAUAAUAUUUUCUUCUCUGCCUUUUAAAAGUUCUACUUGAAUGCGUGAAAAGAAACCAUCUACGCUGUAAUAGUACCACUACUACUACUGCUACUUCCACCACUACCACUACCAUUACCAUUACCACUACCACUACUACUACAACUGCCCUGCUCAAUACUUUGCCCUGUAGUCAAGGUGUAUUAGACAAAUGCCUUAAAAUGAUUUUAUUAACCAGGAAAAUAUAUGCCAUAAUAUUAUUAUGGAGAAAUAUUUCAGCUAAAAUGUACCGUUUCUCUUAGAGAUAAUAAUACACCCUGUCAUUUUUUUUUGUAGUGCUAGAUGAGGCUGACAGGAUUCUAGAUCUAGGUUUUGCCGCCACUUUAAAUGCCAUUAUAGAAAAUCUUCCAGAGGACAGACAGACCAUGUUGUACUCAGCAACUCAAACAAGGUACGGCACAUGCAAGUUCAGAUUUUAAAUACUGUUGAACCUCCAUGUGCGAUCACCUCCUGUUAGCAAUCACUGCCCACCAGUGACUUUUUUCCAAAACACCUAGAUUUUCCAAUCAAAGUCCUAUAGCUGGAAGUUCUUAUAGUUAACUGGGUAAUAAUUUUGUAGGGUGAUAAUUUUCCAUCAAUGGUUUUAACUUCAUGUUAGUGAUCACUUGACACAUGAUCUGACUGUAUUUCCUGUAUGUUCACUGUAUGGUCAUGAGGACUGUGCUAUACAGAGUCUUUAAAGAACUUUUGGUGACAUCAUGGAACUAUACUCAUCAUAACAACAACUGAGAUUAAUUAAUUCUCUUCCCUUCAAAUCUCUCAAAUUUCUUUUUAGAUCAGUACAAGAUUUAGCAAGGCUGAGCUUACAGGUAUGUUAAUUGUACACUAUAUGUGUAAAUAAUUUGAUAGAAAAUAUGUGUCGAAAGUCAAAGCUUAACAGUACAGUAAACAAUAUUUUGAACAGUGAGGUAGCCACUUUCGCUAUCUCAUAAUAAAUUAUUACAUUCUUCAAAUAAAAAUGAAUAAAGUUGAACCUCUAUCAAAAUAAUCAGCCACCCUUUAUUAAGGGGCUACCUGUUCCUUCCCUGAGAGUUCACUAUAUUUGACUGUAAAAUGUAUUAUAGUGACAGCAUUGAUGAUUUUACUCUUUCUUAUUCUAAGGAUCCUGAAUAUGUUGCUGUCCAUGAAAAUUCCAGAACAAGUACUCCAAAAGGACUUACCCAGGUAAUGAAAUAAUUAUUUUGACACGUCACUUUGCUGUCUUCCAUUUGGUUAUUACCUACAUUUGUAUAGUCUUUGACCAAGUCAGGUUUUUUGUGUUUGUUUCCUUUUUUGCAACUAAGAUAAUAUCACUUUUUAAGUGAUGUUGUUUUUUUUGCUUUUUAGAGUUAUGUGGUUUGUGAACUUCCAGAGAAACUGGAUUUCCUCUUUUCUUUUAUCCGAAAUCACAUAAAAAGCAAGAUUCUUGUAUUCGUGUCAAGCUGUAAACAGGUGAAUAUCAUAUGCACUGUAAUUUACAAUAUUUCAUGCUAGGCAUUAGGUUCAUUAAUUGGUUGGAAUUCACUUGGGUGAUCAUGACACAUUAUAGAAUGGGAUAGUGUAAUAUGCAACAUUUUACACUCAGAUUGCUAAAAAGUACUUAAGAUAAGCAAUUUUUUUCCUUGUUUUCAGAAUUUCAUGAUACAUCGGAAGAAUCUGAUAAAAAUCAUGAGAGUGGGCGGUAACGCAUCAAAUCGCAUGGGUUGGGAUCUCUGAGUUUCACUCCCAACUAUAAUGGCCAAAGUAAAAAUUCAAGAAAAUUCCCAAAUUAAAUUAUUUUGUAAAAUAAGACCAAUAAGACUGAUAACGCAGACCGAUAAGACCAAUAACGCAGGGCUUGACCAAAGACUUCAAAUUCCAGCUUGUCCUUUGGGCAAGCAGGUCUGAUACUUCACUUGCCCGAAGAAACUUCUUACAUGUACUUGUCUCAGUUUAUGAUCUUAUAAGAGGAUAGUUUUCCUGGACCCUUGCACAUUGGGCAAGUAAGCUUGAAAAGUUAGUUACUUGCCCAGCAAGAAAAUCAACUUGUCUUGGUUACGUGGCUUUUUUAGAACCCCGUAACGUGAAAGAUAGGUUUCAUUUGUAUGUUCACACCACAGAGUUUUGUGCAGACUUUAAGAUGGAAUCCAUCAGGAAAUUGAGUAAUUUUAAUUUUCAGUGAACAAAACCUUGUACCAGAAAAUAAAUGUCAAAUUUCACAAAAUGAUAUAUUACACAUGAAAUUUUCUGAAUUUUACCUGUGUUUUCACGAUUCUUGUGAAAUCUGACAUUUAUUUUCUCGGGCUCCCACGAGAAAUUGUCUUUGGUGUUAUUGCAGAUAACCAAUUAUAUCUACAUGUAUAGCCCUUGAAAAAUGUAAAAAUGAAAGCAAUUCUGUUUAAAUUAUUCUGGUACAAGGUUUUUGUCCACUGAAAACUGAAAUUACUCAAUUUCCUGGUGGAUUCUAUCUUAAAGUUUUACAACAAAUACUGACUCCAUCAGUCACUCUGGAAGUGGAGAGGUUAAGAGGAGACUGUUUUGUUGUACCUCUGGCUUGUCUAUUGUGCAUGUGUAGAACAGGGUUCAUACAGAUCAGUCUUGAAUUCUUGAAAAAGUCUUGCAAUUUGCUCAGCAACUUUUCAGACUUGGAAAAGUCUGGAAAAUGGGGAUAAAGUCUGGAGUUUUUAUUUUAUUUUAGUACAACAAGCGCUUUAGAAGUGAAAUUUGUUUCGUUUUGGUCAAAUCCUAUUCAAUCUCACCCCUACAGCUGUACCUUUGUAGCACGUCAUGAAAAAAGCUUGUUCCUGCCUUUUCUUACAUGUACGUCUCUAUUGAUCGCCUAUUUGAUAACCAUGAGUCUUAAAAAAAAUUAUUCUUUUGAAAAAAAGUCUGGAAAAAGUCUUGAUUUUUGGAUCCAAAAAUCAGCGCAAACCCUGGUAGAAGCAGCAGGUAGCAUUUCCCUUAAGGUGUAACUCAUUGAAGCCAUCUUGCUUUUAGAGUUAAACCCACUGUAGCCAUCUUAUCAUUAAACAAAGCCAUCUUAUCAUUAAACAGGGUUCUGUAAAGAAGUGCUCUGGGGCUUUCAGCAACUAGAGCAAUAUUUUGACUUUCAUUGUAUUGAUCUCAUGGCUUUCGUUAAUGACACCUUUCUUCAUCAUCAGGUCAAAUUUAUCUAUGAAUCAUUUCGUCGCCUCCGUCCUGGAAUUCCUUUAAUGGCCCUUUAUGGAAAACAGAAGCAGCUUAAGAGAGUUGCAAUAUACAAUGACUUCUGUAAGAAAACUGAAGCAGUGUUAUUUGCCACGGAUAUUGCAGCUAGAGGACUUGGUGAGGUUUUUACUAAAAUUACUAGACUACAUGUGGGAAUAAGGUACAGACUGGACAUACAAUCAUGUACAUGAUUUAGUUACUCAUUUAUUCUGCAUGAAGUAAUGUGUACAUUGUAUACAAGUCACCAGUCAAGAAUGCUUGUUACCACGACAUCCUUGAAAAAGCCAGAGCACUUUAUUUGAUAUUCAAUGUAUUUAGCACAAAAGUUCUUUAUUGGGGACACAAUUUUUUUACCUCUCCUACUGGAGUCGGAGACGGGACCACCCUUUUACAGGGUCAUCCGAGCCAUAGGAAGGUUUAGCCAUUUGCACAGGGGCACCCAACGUCAAUUUUCGGAAAAUAUCUGUUCAGAAGAUGAUUUGAGAUCUAGAAUUUUCGGAACAUUUGUUUUAAAAUUUCUUGCUUACCUGCCUCUCCUAGGAUUUUCGAACAUCCAAAAACUGAUAUAAUUGCCCAUUUUUAACGAAUUUUUACUCUAAGAAGUUCACCUAGAACUUUCGGGAGCCUUUUAUCUGGCUGAAAUUUUCGAAAAGGUAAGUUUUGAUCACUAUAAUUUUCGGAUCACUAGACUUUGAACAGAUGAAAAAUUUUUAGGGGAUAAAAAUAUGCCUAUAUCUACCUUUUAAAUACUAAAAUACGUUUAACAAUGCUAUGUUUAAGUGGUUUUGAACUAUAUUCUCGUUGGGUGCCCCUAUUUGCAGGGCUACUUAAGCGCUCAUUAAUGGAACCUUCACUUCUCAGUUACUUUAAGACCCCCAGUAUUAGUCUGACCUUAGGAAUCGAACCUGACCUGCCAUUCUGCAGUAGUAACAGAGCUAUCCCUGCCACGGUUGUCCUCAUCCCAGUCAUUAGCCGCUGUCAGCUAGCAAUUUUGCUGUUUUAAAUUAAGUGGGAUGUUAAUAAGGUCAAUUAAUAAUCUACAAGUUCAAAGCUUUGCCGCCUGCAGCUCUUGUUUAUUUCUGCCUACAACUGCAAAACAUUUUGACUGGGCUGGUCCCUCUAUGAUUAUUUACAUGUAUGUUGUAAAUGACAGGUUUGAAAAAAAAGUGUUGUAAUUAAUUUUGUUAAAAUCUUCAUUAAUGUUCUUUAGAUAUUCCCGCUGUUCAUUGGGUGAUUCAACUUGACUGUCCAGAAGAUGGUAACACCUACAUACACAGAGCGGGACGAACUGCAAGGUGAGUGGUAGAUUUGGUAUUUAGCAGUUCUGACACAGGAUCUAGAAGGGGGCUCUGAUCCCUCAUUCCCAAUCUUUUUUCACGAGAUCCUGCAUCAAAGAUGUCUGUUCUAGAUGAAUAGAUCUCUAUCCCAAAAUAUCAUUUUCUUUCCCAAUACCUGCCAAGAUUUUGGCAAGUCCCACUUCCUUAGUAGCAGUCAAAUCCUGUAUCCCAUCAAGAAAUUUUGUGUUCUCCCGAAUCUCACACUAUAUUUGGUCAAAUCCCGGACUCCGAGAAUAACCUUCCAGACAAAUGCUGACUUGAUCAACAAAGGGGUUGAAUUAAAUCAUAUGGAAGGUAACAUGGCCAAGGAUAGCUAUAGUGAUGUGUUCUCCAUUUUUUGAUCUUUGCAUUAACUAUGCCCCUUCAACCCUUCAUACUUAAUACCAAACCAUUUCCAGCUUCCGGAUGAUAUGGUUUGCAAGUGUUGCAAAUUUGACACGAAGGGCACUUUCCAUUCAACCCAAAAUUCUGGAAAUUUUGCUUGGUACAUCAAAUGGAAUAGACCAUUUCAGUUUGGUCUGACUGGAAUAUUCGGGACCAGCUUUGAUGGUGGUCCACUUUGACUGGUCUGGUCAUUUUGAUCGGGCGGACCAAAGAGUCCUUUUCCAUUUGACAAAAUUGUUGUCCCCAGUACUGCUCUUUUGUAUCCUGUAUCACUUGUGACUUUAUUGACAUCAUCAGUCCUGUCAUUAUCAGGUAUCAUAAGAACGGACAAUCUCUGUUGGUUUUAUUACCUUCCGAGGAAUCAGAAAUGAUCAAAGCAUUAGAGGCAAAGAAAAUACCCAUCAACAAAAUAAGGUACUACAGUGCAUCAUGGUACUAUAUUAUUUAAUUUUCAGAUAUGCAUUUUUGGCUUUUUUUUUUAAUUUCUCUAUUUUUUUUCUUUAUUGUCAUGUCGAGUUUACGAUAACAUAGUAGAAAAGGAAUUGAUUGCAACCCAAUUUUUGGGUGUUAUCUGUGAUUGCUGAAUUUUGCCUAUAUUUAUUCAAGGCCAUAUCUAUAAUCACUGGCAAUCUGUUUCAAUGCUAACGCUUGUUUGACACAACAAUGUAACAAAAUAAUUUACAUCGUAGUUUGUAGGUAACUCCCAACUCAAGAGCUUUUGUAACAAGUGUUUGUUUGUUCUGCAUUGAGAAUUGCACGAGUGUUAGAAACACCAGCAUUGAUCUCCAUAAAAAAAAGAAAAUACUGGCAAUAAAAGUGAAAACAUGGAAAAUUAGGGAAGAUUGCAGACAGAUUGAAGUAGCCUGCAAGGAAACUGUCUAUUUAAGAAUUGCAAAAGGUGAAGAGUUGUGUACAAGUGGCCAGUGAAAAGAGGCACUAGGGAAGGUUAAGGCCUAAUCUUUCAUAGCCUGUGCGAAAGCUCUCAUUUUGGGGGAUACCAGGUAUUGUGAGAAGUCAUGCAUAAGCCGCAGGUGAAAGGAGAUGCGUCUUUGCCAUUCACUUGCAUAGCUCAUUUCAUAGGCUACUCAAAAUCCAGCUUGCUUGCUGGUUAAAUCUUUUGCAUUACAUGACCUUCAACUCAUGGAUUCCCAACUGAAGAGCUUGCUUAAAGGCUUAGAUAAAAGCAGUCAUGUUUUGUUCAGUGACAAUGCGUUGUUGUUUUGAUAUCUCUUUAUCUUUGUUAUAAUUAAAAUCUGUUACAUUGCAGAGUUAACCCCAAAAAACUGGGUUCAAUUCAAAAGAAACUUGAGGCCUUCUGUGCCCAGGAUCAGGAGAUAAAACAAUGGGCUCAAAAGGUAGAUAAAACCACAAAAUCAAUCUGAGAGUUGCCAUGAUAAAUGAUAAUUUUCUUGAUCACAUGUGACAAAAGGAAACUCAGUUUUAAGGAUGAAAAUGAUAACCCAAUUCACUCAUUUCAAAAGUUGUCGCUGCACUUAUAGUUCUCAAAUUGAUAGCAAUUUAAUUAGGCUUUUGUGGGAACUGCAAUAUUGAAUGUCACGUUUUUAGAAUUUUCAACUUUCAAUUCUUGCACGAAGAGAGGAAAGAAAUUGUGUACACCUGCAGUAGACAAGAAAUACAAAUGUACACUGGUCCUUUCAUGCUAAAGACAGUCAAACUUGUAUUAAGUGAACCUCUAUUAAUUGUUCACCUUCUAUUAAGCGAUCACUAAGCAAAGUCCCAGAAAUGAUGUCCUUUAAUUACUGUAAAACUUUGGCACAAGAAGAGUUAAAAACAUUUUGAGGUCAAUCUAUCAUGGAAUAGAUAUUUUACUCUUCCACCAACCUCAUUGUUGAAUAACUCUUAGGUUUGCCAAACCUAUAUUUACAGGUUUGACUGUCCCCAGGUUACAGUGUGGAUGUGUCAGAUACCCAUGGCUAGUGUGUGACCUUAUCAACUUUUUGAUUUCUCCACAGAGUAUUGUAUCAUAUGCCAGAUCUGUCUUCCUGCAGUCCAACAAAAAGAUAUUUGAUGUCAACAAGUUGCCUCUAGACGAAUAUGCACAGUAAGUUACAAUGAAGAAAAGUAAACUGGAAUCUGUAGCAGUGCUUCUCAUCAACUGCCCUUAUAGGACAACUGUGACAGAUACAUGCGAUGGUGAUGUCUUGUUUAGGUUGAAUGUGAUUUUCCGGGUGAACGUAGUCCUGAAUAGGACUGUUGUUGUUGACAGUGACUGACAUUUCGACAACCUGUGCGGUAGUCAUCUUCAGAGUCAAAGUGAGUUGUAUCACACACAGGUUGUCAAAACAUCAGUCACUGUAAACAGCAACAGUCAUAUUCAGGACUAUUUUCACCCGGAUGAUCAUAGUCAACCUACCUAUGAAAUGACUCCUUGGUUCAAACCUUUCACAAUGUCUUAUUUGUUUGUUUGUUUUUUUGUAGGUCUCUAGGACUACCAAACCCACCUCGAAUUAGAUUUUUAAAGGUUGGUUGGGCGACACUAUUGUUAGGAAAAAUUUCAGCAAGAAUGAUUUUAAUGUCAAGAGCUUUCUCUUCUCUUUCUUGUUAGUUGGUCAUCUACAUGUAGACUGGAUUAAUUCAAAACUUGAAUGUGCUUUUAUCAAAUAAGUUGAUAAACCAAAUGAACUAUUUUUAAUCUAGCCGGAUUUUUGAAAACAUUACCUCCAAAUAGACCUCUUCUGUUGAACUUUGUUUUACAGUCAAAAAACAAUCUCCACAGUGGCCAUUAUAAAGAGGGCAACUGUUGUGUCGCAUUGCACUUUGGGACUGUUUUGAAGAUGCUGUCACUUUGUUAUUGGCUAUUACAAAGUUGCGCAGGAAGCUGUGUCAGAAUUUGUCCCCCAAAACAGUCUCAUAGCGCAAUUUGACACAACACUGACCUAGUAUCACACAUAUCCUCAUGCACUAGAGCUAAAAACAAAUUUGAAUUCCACCUCGUCCUUUGGGCAAGCGUCUCUCAUAUUUUUGUUGCCUGUGGCCACUUCUUGCUUGUCUUAGCUGAAAAUUUUUGUAGAGGAUGACUUACCUGGAUCCUUGCCCAUUGGGCAAGUAAGCUGUAAAUUAGUUACUUGUCCAGCAAGAAAAUCUACUUGUCCCGGAUUACUGGAUGGGAAUUUUUUCAAGCCCUGCUCAAAAUGAUUGAUUCCAUUCUUUUUUUCUUAAUAUAGAAAGCAGAGAAGAGAUAUGGUAAGAUUAAUCACACAUCUCCGAGUGACUCAACCAAAACAAAUGCAUCUCAGCUGUUUGAAAAUAACAGUGAUGAUGAGACUGGUGAUGAGAAGAGUGGUGAUGAGAGAGAUCUGGGAAAUACUUCAGAAGAGGAAGAAAAAGAAACGGAUAAUGAUGAACAAGAUGAUUUACUGGUUCUCAAGAAACGCCAUGUUAACUUUGACCCAGAUCCACUUGCAAACCAGGUAUUACGCCUAAUGCUUAGAGCCGUAGUUGAUUCUUCAGCUUUUAACAGCUCUUAACAGAAGCUAAUUUCCCGCUGUGAUACACAGAACUUCAAGCUAUGGAAUAUCAAACGUGUUGAUUCGUGCAAUGAUGAGAUGGCACUCUUGAGAUCAUGGCAAAUAAUUCCUCUGGAAUCAUAACCUGGUAACAUCAUCUCUGGAAUCAUAACCUGAUUUUAUGUGUACACAUAACUUCAUCUCUGGAAUCUCAUAGCCUGAUUUUAUGUGUACCCAAAUCAUCAUCUCUGGAAUCAUAACCUUAUUUUUUGUGUACAAAUAACAUCAUCUCUGGAAUCAUAACCUGAUUUUUUGUGUACAUAUAACUUCAUCUCUGGAAUUAUAACUAGCCUCGCUUGAGUUUAGGCAUUCUUUUUGUAAUUUUUUUUUUUAAUUUUAUAGUUAAAAAUGGCGCUAGGCUAACAAAAGAAUAGUUUUCCAGCAGCCAUUUUUGCAUUGCGUCUGUGAGUAUUGGUAAGUGAUCCAAGCAUGAGACUUCCCACGCUUUAAAGACAAAUCACAACUUUUUUUUUUCAGGAGAAGACGGAAGAAAAUGAAUUGAAAACUAAGAAACAGAAGACAAAAAUUGCUGCAGCCAAGAAACUGCUCAAUAAAAAUGUGAAGUUAAACACAAAGAUAUUGUUUGAUGAAGAAGGAGAGGUAAGGCUAAAGCUAAGGAAAGUACAUUCUGUCUGCCAGUCAACUAUAUAAACACCUUUCUUGUGUUUUAAUCUGUUACUUGAAACGUCAAUGGAAACGACCCCUUUUACACUGGACGACAUCGGCUGGGUCAUGAAUAGUCUGACCCAAGCAGCUUUUGUUAUAGCCUGUUCCAGGCUCCGAGAUGGUGGUGGAAAGUCGUUCAGUAAUAAGAAAUGCGAAAAACCCGUGCCCGUCUUAUUUUCGCUUUGCUCGUUUUAACACGUUCGCACUAUACUAUCUGAGAGCCUGACACUGGCUACUUUUGUUAGUAGGGCGGAGCGAAAAGAAAACCUCGCGCCAAAAAGAGAGGGAUCUUUUGUUAUGACCCGUCCCUACAGACUGAAAGCCUGUAAAUGCGUGCAGGAGCAAGCGUUUCAUCGUCGUUCGCGUGGCAGGCGUUUGAAAGGCACGGAAAAAGGGAAAGGCGCCCGAUUAUAUGUCACCUGUACCAUCCUUUUGGAACUAUUAUAUAAGUGCAAUAUUUCCUAAAUGCAGAAAAGGCACAUUCAAGUGUUAGUGCAAUGGAAAAAAAUUCUGGAAAUUUCAUAUUUUCCUAGGCUCGAUUACCAGCCGCUGUUCGGGAAAAUGAGCCCCCACUCAUCCUCCUCUCUUCGGGGAGGAUCAAAGGCCGGACCCGGGAGACGGCGGAAAUCGAGCCUAUAUUUUCCCAGAUGAGAUUCCUGAACUAUCGAAAGGCGAACCAUUCAACGAGGGGGCUUUCAAUACACAGCAGGGCUGUACUCUGGCAACGCCUGGUGGCCUGUGGCGCCUAACUUUUGCUCUUGGGCUACUAGAAAAUCUUACUUUUUUCAUACAAAUCAUAUGCUGGGCGCCUCGGAUUUCACAAGUUCAGAGCACUGGCCUUCCUUCAGGUUUGGAGCACAGCAUUGACUAGAGGGUGGAUCAUCCUAGCGCCAUAUGUUUCCUGGAUUCAGUCUAUAUGCAGCAAAAGGGUUUUACUUGUCCCUAGUGCAAAAAUCUUCCUAGCUGAGAGGUAGGAAGAUCCUAGCACUGGGAAUAUUCUAGCACCAUGUAAAUUGCUUUCAUUAGGAAGAUCCUACUACUAGGGAAAAAAUGGCAGCCGGUCGUUCGAUGGCUAAUCACGACAAUAAAGGCCGACCAUUUCGUUUGGCGUUACCACGAGCUGAUAAUUUUGAUAGUUCUCCUUAUAGGUAGUUAUUCACUCCAGCAUAGAGUGCAGAAGAGCCCAAACUGCCUUUUUGUCAUGUUCGCCAGCCAUCUUUAACUCCUUUCUACUAUGUAACAACACGGACCGAAAUGUCUGCACGUAAACCCACCAAAAAGUUCCGCCCUCUAGGAUCUUCCUGGUGCUAGCAUCUCCUCCCUCUAUGUAAACAGCCGUUUUACAAUGUCAGACGAGGUUUGUCUUUGUAUUUACAAAAUUUUGAAGUAACCAAAAUAAAAUGUUCCAUGCGAUGAGCGAAUCAUUCUGCAUUUCAAACUGGAAUAUUUGGUCGAUAAAAUUCCGCCCAUAGUUUGAAAAUCAGUACGUUUAUUCAAGGCUUUAUGAGAAGUUGCCGUACGGGGAAUGCUAAGAUAAACAACUUCCUGACCAACAUGUUGAAUAGAUAUUGUCAAGAAUUUUGAGGGUUUUUCUUGCUAUAUUCUAAUAAAGGUUCACGUCAUUUUCAGCCAUUGAAAACUGAAGGUGUUCCUCUUGCACGUGACCCUGAACCAUCCAAUCAGGAACUAGAGCCAGUCCCCCUUGCAGAGAUUAACAAACUUCAAGUGGGUGGCAUCUCAGUUGAAGAAUCACGUGAUUUAAUGCGUGAAGCAGAUUUGAUUGACAGAGGGGUAGAAAGAGAACGGAUCAAAAGUAAACAUAAAGAACAACGAAGAAAAAUGAAAAAAAGACGCCGUGAAGAACAGGUAAUUAAUCAGUGUUCUCAUGUUUUCUUUCUUGAAGCUGUAAACGAAAACACGUUGAGCAUUUGUGAUGUUUAUUUAGGGUUUGCCUGGUGUCAGUUUAGCUGCUGGUAGUGAAAAUGAAGAUGAUGUAGAUAACUCCGAUGAAGAGCAGCAACCCACAAGGUAUGAUAAGUUUUGUGUGUUGACGGACUGUUCACGCGUUUUGAACAAAUAAGUAGAGACGUGUAGAUUCUAAGACGAGGACGACUACGAAAACGAGAAUUUCUCAAUUUUUGACUAAGUAACGCGCGCGUUAACCAGUGUUCAUUUUGGCGGGAAAACUGCGUGGUAGCCGUUGUAUCAAUAGAGUACUAAAGUGUGACGUCAUAAAAAUGAAAUUUCUGAAAUUAUGGGAUUUGUCAGGAUAUUCUGAAAGAACAAUGUCCAAGAGGCCUACUUGCCAAAAAUGAGCAUUUCGGGACAAAUUGUCUCUGAGAUCGUAGCCCAGUUAUGCUUAGAAAACUCCAUACAAACCCUUGGAAAUUUUUUUGGGUUUCAUGAAAGCAUAAGGCCCAGCCUAAAAAAGCACUUCUUUUCUUAAAAUAACCCUCUAUAUGAUGUUCGCUCAUUUUCACAUUCUCACUAACUCACCGAUUAAAAGCAUGGAUAUUACAAGGGGAAAUUUGUAGCGAAUCACUUUGAUGACUAUUAAGUUAAAUGGAAAACAACCCAGAUUUAUUCAAAAACCAUAAAAUCUGGGCAAAAAGAAUACAUUGUCAUUUUCACGUAAUUUGUAGAUAGUUCUCUGAAAGAAAAUGCGAAAGAAUGUGGCAGUUAAAGUGCGUAAAACGAUUUGGACGACUCUCCAUGCCAGAUUUUCUUACUCGCAGCCGGUAUUUUUCUUUGUCCUGCUUAGAUCUAAGAAGAAGAAACGCCUUGCAAAGAAUGACAGGAUCUCGGAGGUUGCUGUGGAUUUGGGCCCUCAGAGUUCUUUAGCUGACGACGAGGAAUUAGCUAUGCAAUUAUUGACAGGUUUUUAAAGUGAGAAUACUGAGGAACCAGUGGAAGUGAUUCCUGUGUCUGUCGCUACGCAAGAAAAGUGUUCACGACAAUGCGACAAUGCUUAUUUCGUUUCCGGCAAACGGAGCUUUGUCCAAGACACAGUGUCGGAAAAAUAAAGUGAGAGGAUCUCUCGGGGGAAGUUCAAUAUCACAACAAACUUGGUUUUCUAUCUUCAACAACAGUUCAUUUUUCUUGAAACGAUAAAACCUUGUGGCUUGUCAGUUUUAACUGGAGGUUUACUUUCCCGGCCGCGGUCGAGAGCCAGGUGGUAGUCUUUGAUGGAAAUAAGACCCAAAUAAACGUCUAGAAAAUUAGCGUAGAACUGUUCCAUAUUCGACACUCAUUGUUAAUUCAACUCAACUUAGCCAUUUUUACUUCAUCUCAAACAUACGUUUAGAAAAUCGAAUCGGACUACUCUGUUGGUUCGAUUUAGCGCCCUGGGUCGGGUUGCAAAAAACAUCUUAAGAUUAAGGGAUCUCGCAACUAUUAUUUCAAAACAAUUGGUUAUUGUUCCAGAACAAGAGUUAAGAGCCCUCUUACCUUGCAACCUGGCCUUGGGCGCUUAUUUAGUUAUGGUAUACUGCAAGAGGGUGCUCAUUCGAAACAUGGCGCUUAUUUCUUUUCCAGAAACUGCCAAAUUUGUGAAAUAAAUCUUUCAUAUUUAUUUUAAAAAGAGCAAAUGAUAAUAUUUGCUUAAUUGUUUAACCUGAAGGUGGCUCGACUGGAU